AUGAACACCUCCAACACUUUACUGAAACUUCUGUUGGCACUUUCAUGUAAAAGCCUCUUCAAUCGACACUUUGGCAGCUCGGCAGCCCCCAUGCAGACUACCGACGACGGACAUUGGAAGUUUAUAGCGCGCCACGAGUGGAGCGCACGUCCGCCCAUAGAGCGCAAACGCUUUGCAAGGCCGGCACCUUUUCUUAUCAUUCACCACUCAUACGAACCAGGCAUUGCUCUGACGGCAGAAGAUUGCCGUGCUGCCAUGCACCAGAUACAGGACUUCCACAUGAAUGACCGCCAUUGGGCGGACAUUGGCUACAGUUUCGCCAUCUGUGGUGAUGGCAAUGUGUACGAGGGGCGCGGCUACGAAAUGGUCGGAGCACACGCGCCACUCUACAAUAAUCGUAGCAUUGGAUUGCUGUUAAUUGGCGAUUUUACAGCCAAGCUGCCACCGGCGCCGAUGAUGGCGGUGGCACAGGAUUUUAUUAAUUAUUCAAUCGAAGGCGGACACUUACGUACUGAUUUUAUCAUGCAUCGCCAUAUGAAGGUCAAAAAUACUGAAUGUCCGGGUGAUGCACUCUAUGCGGCUGUGAAGCAGUGGCCGCAUUGGGAGCAGCCAAAGUGAACGAUUAAGCGAAGGUUUAGUUUUUUCAUUAGUAUUUAAAAAUUUUUGUUGUAGCUUAUUUCUAUUAAAUUACUGAAGAAGUAUUUAUUGUUCAAACAUAUUUGUAUGUACAUUUGUAUGUAAGUACUUGUAUUUGUGCCAAAAAAACAAACCAAACAGCAAAUGUAUUGUUCCCGCGAUUUCUAAAGCAAAUUUUGAGUCGAUUGUGUAUUGUUAUCUUUAUAUUGAUAGCAUCGUUAUUUAUAUUCUUGUACUAGGGCUUAAUGAAGUCGUACAGCUUUUGGAGUGGUCUGCUUGAAUGAUAAGAAGGUUAAGUACUAGAAUUGAAAUCAAAGGGGGUUCCCGGCAAUAGACUGAAUAAUACUACUCGACUAUAAAUUAUGAGUGGCAUUUAAAGUACGUAAAAAUUUAAUAAUAGAAUGCAUGCCCUCAUGCAUGUCAUAUGAAUACCCAGUAGUAAAUUCGUCUAGCCCAAAAGUUAGGUAUGUACUUCUUAAAAAAUGAUUUUCACUUAGUACUCUAGCAUAGUGCACUAUUUUUACGAAAUCUAAAUACUAAUUUCCAGAUAUGCUUAUACCUUAUUUUGAAAUCGCCAAGAUGGACAACUAAUGGGCCAAUGGUGUCCCUGCCAGUCUGAGGGCAUUCGCGAGCUAAAUUAAUAGGCAGAAACAUUCAUUAUGUUAUAAGU